UUAACGUUGUCGCCUCCACUUUCUCUCUCUUAAACAACAAAAACACUCACCCCUUUUUCUUUCUCUCUCUUCCUCCCGUGUCAUCGUUUCCGCCGCUUAAAAUCGUGCAUUCAUCUGUGUGAUCUUCCUCUGUUUUUUUAAUUCCUCCAAUUUAGAUUUCAUUUUCAGAAUGGAACUUUUCCUGGAUGCAAUUGGGAAUAUUGCAAGUCUAUGUUGAUAUCAUUCUAAGUACUCUUGAGAUAGUUGUUCGAGGUUUUAUCAUGGACCGUAGGGAUACAUCAGGAUUUGUCAGUGGUGGAGGUCUAUUUCGUUACGAGACAGCAUUGUACAUAAGGUUACCACUCCAUUGUUUUUACUAGUUGGAGUGGCUUUACUAAUUUUACCUUUAGAUCUUAGUUAGAUGAUAAGUAUUCUUUCAAAUAAAACGAGAUGGACGGCAUUAGCAUGCCUUUCAUGUGGAAUUCUUUUCUGAACGCGUGCAAAGAUUCAAACGGGGUUGAUGUUGGCCCGACUCAAUUUGCAGACACUACCUUACACCUCAAUUCCCAGAGUACCGUGGCCGUGCCUCCUUAUCUGUAUGAUAUAAAUGCUACUAAUGAUGAUGCGAGUUUGAAGAAUGGGAUUUCUCUGGCCCUUGAAUUGGGUAGUUCAUGUAGUUCUGUAUGUGGAAAGACUGCCUUAACUUCUCGGGUAGAUGUCGCAAAGGAGUCUCCAAUCGAUAUCUGCCUCGAUCUCAGCAUUGAUCUCGGAAAUAAAAUGGCGUGUAAGAACAUGAAAAACUCUGGCACCGGGUUUGAAGCCCGUGGCAAAGAGAACCCUAAAGUUGAUCUUGAGUUAAGUUUGUCUACUGGUGGAGUUGCUGCUGCUGAAUCUGAUCUCACAAGUAUUACCCUAACUUCAUCAUCGCCUUUUCAGAAUGUCACAUCUGAAUUUGAACAACUUGUGGAUGAAGAAGGAUCAACGUCGUCCAAAUGGAAACAAGGACCCUUUGUGCCUCCUAUAGACAGGUUUAAUUGCAGCACAAUUUCAGGUGUGUCAAAACAGCAUCAGAAGAGCUCAGUUAAGACUUGCAGGUUUCCGGGUUGUCAGAAAGGAGCAAGAGGUGCUUCGGGUCAUUGUAUUUCACACGGAGGUGGACGGAGGUGUCAGAGAACGGGUUGUCAAAAAGGAGCAGAAGGAAAAACACCGUUCUGCAAAGCUCACGGUGGUGGCCGUAGGUGUGAACACUUGGGGUGCACCAAAAGUGCCGAAGGGCGGACCAGCUUUUGCAUUGCUCAUGGUGGAGGAAAGAGGUGUGGCUUUCACGGUGGUUGCAACCGCGCUGCUAGGGGUAAAUCCGGCCUCUGCAUCCGUCAUGGUGGUGGAAAGAGGUGUAAGGUGGAAAACUGCACCAAGAGCGCGGAGGGGGUUGCCGGUCUAUGCAUAGCUCACGGUGGUGGUCGCCGGUGUGAAUUUCCCGAGUGUACUAAAGGCGCUCAGGGGGGAACGAAACUUUGCAAGGCUCACGGUGGAGGAAAACGGUGCACCUUUAUGGGAUGCACCAAGGGAGCCGAAGGAAGUACAUCUUUUUGUAAAGGACAUGGUGGCGGGAAACGGUGUUCGUUUCAAGAAAACGGUGUUGCAUGCUCCAAGAGUGUACAUGGCGGUACGUUGUACUGUGUUUCCCACGGCGGUGGAAAGAGAUGUGCGGUCGUUGAAUGUACUAAAAGUGCGAGAGGACGGACAAACUUCUGUGUCCGCCAUGGCGGAGGAAAGAGGUGUAAGUUCGAAGGAUGUGAAAAGAGUGCGCAGGGAAGUACCGACUUCUGUAAAGCGCAUGGUGGGGGGAAACGGUGUUUGUGGGGCCAACAAGGUUCUGGAUUCGGUGAGAAUGGUGGUGAUACUGAUAGAGUUUGUGAUAAGUUUGCAAGGGGUAAGAUUGGUCUUUGCGCUGCUCAUGGUGCGCAGGUUGAAGAUAAGCGAGUUCAUGGUGAUGGUACCGUGGGUCUGAAGCUGAAAGGGGUUGAUGCUGGGAACGUGUUUCAGUGCUCGAAUAAUGUUGGUGCAGAAGAAAGCGCCACUGUUUGGAAUGGUUUCAAUUUGCAGAUGCUGCCUGAUAGCGCGUCCUUGUUGGGUGAAUCAUCGAAUUCAGCGUCCCUUGAAGGACGGGUGCAUGGUGGUGGUCUUAUGGCUAUGCUGAGCCAGUUCUGAUAUCGAGCAAUCAGUCUGAGGUAGACCUGUUCAACGGGCCGGGUUAGGGCUGGGCUGGAAUUAAACGGAUUAGUUUGGGUCGGGCUUGGCCUUUGUAAACGGGUGGGAUACGGGCUUUUACUAGGAUCCCAGCCCAUUGAACAGGUCUAGUCUGAGGUAACCGUUGGAUCGGAUAGUGGACAGGGGAAGUUCAUUUCUGAGACAUUGGACAUCUUUCUUUCAUUGUUCUUUUUGUGUCGAUAGGUUAAUCAGUUAAUCCCCAAUGAUUAGGGUUACAUAGUAGAAUAUUAGUGAAAUUACUUCAGUGGGGUUAGUAUGUCUAAAUUUAUACCAUUAUAUGGUGUUAGACUUUGAUAGUGCUGGUACUAAAUUCGUAUAUUUACUUAAGUUCGUCGUGAUUGUAAAUCUGUGUAAAUAUAAUUAAUAUUCUGUGUA